AUGUUUGGACUCUCGUAUGGAGAAAUCUUCCUCCUCCUCGGAGCCACCGCCGCGCUGAUCGGUAAUCUCUCUCUCUCUCUCUCUCUCUCUCUCUCUCUCUCUCUCUACGGUCACCUUCCCGUUCCUGCGCUACUUUUCCAUGGUUCUUUUUGCUGGAGUCGUCAAGUUCAGCUGUCAGAGUCGCAUCUGGUGUUCUCUUUGGUAUUUUAUUUUGGCACGAAUGAAGGGCUUAGGGUUUUCACAUUUGAAUGCAAUCAUCAAAUCUCCAAUCGUCCGUUCUUUAUGCACCUUGUUUGUUCCUAUCACGUCAGUGCGACUGAAGUUGGAAUUUGGUAAGAUGCAUUGGGUAGGACUGCUGCAUAACAUUUCGGAUAUUUCUUAUGAUAGAUUAUUUAGAUGUAGCUUUCCGUACCAUCCCUAGGGCCGAAGGACCUCCCAGUCAUUGCGAGGACAGCUGGGAGGCUUGCGGGACGUGCAAUUGGGUAUGUUCAGAUGGCGCGGGGCCAGUUUGAUAGUGUUAUGCAGCAGUCGCAAGUUAGUCAGGUACCUUUUCCUCUUUAGCUGAUCCGACAGUCUUGUUACCGAAGGAGUUCGUCGAUAGAUACCUCUGGGGGGCUCUGAUUCUCUCUUAGCCGUGAAAAAGAAGUCAAUUAUUUAUUUCUUUAAGAAACAGUUUAUUUUUUAUUUUAUUUAUUUUUUAAUCAACGUAUUUCUCAUCCAAGAGAGAAAAAGGAAGAAUGAUCCGGUGAGAUAAUGGAAAUAAGGAAGAGAACCGACAUGCUUCUUGAACAUCACAGAUUGUUGACGUCAUAUUUAAUUUCUUUUCCUGGAGAGAAUUUGAGAGGUAAGUGGCAGUGUAUAUUUCCUUGAGAAACUGGUUAUCCCUUCUCAGGAAUGUGAUAAUGCUUCUGCAAUGCCUUGUGAUCAUGUAUCGGAAUGGAAGGAAGAUAGUUCUUUUCACACAUGUUUUUAUCUUACCUACUUCUUUUCUCUCUGUUAGGUGCACAAAGAACUGCAGGACACAAUUGCACAGUUAGAAGCAAUUCGUUAUGAGGUCAGGAGUAUAUCACUCCUGAACCCUGGUCCACUUACAAGAAAGCUGGAUAAUACCGAACUUAAACCGAUUGAUGGUACAAGUUAUUGCAUGUUUUCUUUAUACAAUGGUGUGCAGUAUUUUAUUUUUUUGUGGUUUGCAUCAUAAAGAGUCACUGAUUUUUUAUUCGAAUUCUCUCCAGCUUAUUAUCAAUUCCUGAGUUAAUAGCUAUUUCAUGAAUGUCAGAUGUUGUUUCUUCUCCACAAAUCGAUAGCUGGCGCAAGCCAACAAUUGAAGCAUUAAAGGUGUUGCUUAAGCUCAAUUGCUGUGUGCUUGUUGGUCUUAGUACAAAUGAUUUCUAAGUUUUUUUUUCCUUCUUUUCCCAUUUCAUGCCAGGACCACGGGCCUUUUAAUGCAGACUCAGCUAAUGUACACAGCCAAGCAAUGAUAUAUGCGAAAUUCGCUGAAUCUACAUCCGUAAAGUCUGAUGAUUUUAAAAGCAAUGAAGAUGGAGAUAAGCACUUUGAUAGUUUAGGUCUCUUAUCCAUUCUUCCCGUAUCUGCUGAAAGUGCUGGAUUACUACCGAAACCUGGAGGUAAUUAAUCACUCAUUCACUAAUGAUUGGUACGCCCUGUCGUUUCUUUGACUCUACUGAACUUUUAUGUCCACAAAUUAAAGACCAAAGUCCUCGGUUUGUUGCAACAUCCGAUGACUGGCAUUUUCACAUGAUUGAGUCAAAGGUAGCCGAUUAUUAAUAUAGGCUCAUCUAAUUAAAUAUUUAUGGCGAAACCCUUUUCUUUUUGAAAUCUCGAGUGGCACGGGACGAUUCACAAUGUCUGUAUAUUCAUCAUCUAGUGGAUAAAUUAUGGUACUCAAGGCUGGUCAUUGUCUUUGUGGCACAUUGCCUUGGCUGGAAUACUUGUGCUGCUUUUUUCGAGUCAUUCUGUGAUGGAAGAUAUCAAUUUCAAUGAUACUCAACAGCCGUGCCUGCAAUAAUUUAAAAAUUCGGCGAAGAAUGAUUAUCAAUUAAAUAAUUUCUGGGAGUGUUGGUUCUAUCAAAAUUUCAGAGAAUAUGAGUGGUGGAAGCUGACAAGAAAACAGAGAUUAUAUUCCCUUUCAUUUAUCUUUCUCUUCGUUGUUCACAUGCUAUUAUCUUGUGGUAUAAGGCUCUAGAUGGGUAACCUGUCAAUCUUUUUCCCACAGAUGAGACUAAGGGAUCAGAUAUUGUGCUGGAGGCCAUUUUAGAAGCUGAAGUGGCGCGGAAUGCCAAGGAUUUCUUCCGGCAGCCUGAGAACCAAAUACCCAACCAAUGA